CCAGAGGUGGCCCCAGAUAGAGAGGGUGGCAAGCAAUCCUGGCUUGUUUGGACAUCCUGGCUUCUUGUCCCUCCUUCCAGCCACCGCCCAGGGCAAAUCCACGCCCUUGGUGGAGCCCUUUCGUUUUUCUCCCUCUUCCCUCCUCCUCCUCCUCCUCCUCCUCUUCUAGCAGCUACUCCUGCGCUUCUCCCGCCCGGAUAAUCCUGGAACCAAACCAAGGGGGGCAGCCCGUCCCUUCGGGUCCCACCUCCCCUUCCUCCUCCUCCUCCUCUCCUCCUCCUCCUCCUCCAUCCCAGACUUUGGCAUUUCCUCUGAGCUCAUCCCCCUAAAGUGACGCGCCGCGUUCCCCACUCGGAAGAGGAAGAGAACGGGAAAAAAAAAGGAGAAGAAAAGUUUUUGCAGAACUUGGCUUCUGCAAGCGACGCCGCGAAAGCAAGCAGCGGCCCGGUUCCAGGACGCGGACGGGGAGAACCCGGGUUAACCAAACCCCAAGCCACCGACGGCGGUGAUCCAAACCGUGAGUGGCCCCGCCCGUGCCCGUCCGUCCCUUCCUCCGAGCGGUUGUAAAUCCCGAGGAAAAGUCUCCUUUGGGCGCCCGCGGGCGCCAGGCCAGCAAGUUAACAGUCGCAGCAAGUUAACAGUCGCAGAGUCGGGAUUCUCGGGGCCGAGGAAGGAGGAAAAGGAGGCUGCCUUGUCGUGCACCGUCCCGUCGAAAGGUACCGGAGCCCCCCCCCCCCAAAAAAAGCAUCGGCGAUGGGUUGAAACGAUGCCAGCCCGGAGGAAAGCAGCAACAGCGGCGCGUUUGCAGAAGGAGAAGCAGAAACAGCAGCAGCGCUGAGCUCGACGGGCGAUGCAUUGACGGCGCUGCAGCUGAGACCCCCCCCAUACACACACACACACACACCCCAUCCAUGGCCGUCUACAGCCUCAACCUGCGCGUCUUCUGGCCGCUCCUGACUUGCGCUUGCACCCUCCUGCUCUGCCUGUUGCAAGGGCUGCGCGGCAAGGCCGGCCCGACGGGAGGGGAAGCGGUGGGGAGCCGCUUGCCGGGACCUCUGCUGCUCCUGUUGAUGCUGUUGCUGCUGGCCGCGCUGGGCUUGGGCUGGCGGGUUUGGUGGACGGCGCGGCGGAGGCGGCGGCUGCCGUCCAAACGCGGCUCGCUCGGCGCUUCCAGCGGACGGGAACCCCGGCGCCGGGCUUUGCUGGACGGCUUCUACGAGACGCGGCUGCGGCUCUCGCCCCACGUGCUGGGCCACAGCAAAGCCCACGUCAGCCUGGUGGUCGGGGAGCUGGUGCGCGCCGGCAAAGCGGCCGGACGGCUGUCCUUACGCGGGGAUUUCAUCCAAGUGGGCAGCGCUUACGAACAGCACAAAGUGGGCAGCCCCGACGGCUUCGACGUGCUGGUGCCGCUCCGUUUGCCGCCCCGUCUGGAGCUGCGGGUCCUGCCUUGCGCUCCGGAGCCGCAACAGCAGAGGCAACCCGGCUCGAGGGCUGCUUUCCUCUGCACUUUGCGCGUAACCGACGGCGCGCAAGGCUCCCCGAGCCGGGCUCUGUGCGUGGCUGCAAGCCCGGGAGGAGAAGAAGACGACGACGGGGCGUCCCUGCUGUCGGCGGCGCUGGUGGCCCGUUGGUUCCAGGCGCAAGUGCAGCGCUGCCUUUGCGCCGUACGCGCCCGCCUGCAAGAGCGCUGCCGAGUGCAGUUAGCCGUCGGUGGUGCGCCCUGCCCGCUGGUUUUGCAGAUCGCGCCGCGCUCGGAUUACGUCUGCUGCCACCUCUCCCUGACCGUCCACCUCACCCCGGCCAUCCCGCUGGGCGAGGGGCUCUACCUCACCCCCUGGGCCUGCUGCCCCCAGCCUUCUGCGGCACCCCAACUGGGCACCUUCUGGACCCUCAACCUCUCCAAAGCGGAGCAGCGCUUGCUGGCCUGGCUUCGGGACCAAGUCCCCGCGGACUCCUGCCACCUGAAAUGCCUGCAGAUCCUCAAAGGGUUGAGGGAGCUGGGGGGCCGCGCCCUGGAGCCCCCCUGGGCUGCCCAGUGGGACCGAGUCCUCUCCUCCUACGUCCUCAAGACGGCCCUUUUCUGGGUGCUCCUGCGUAACCCGUGGCAGGCUUGGGAGGACCGGUUCUUGGUGGCCCGGCUGGAGGACGUGGUCCUGUUCCUGGUCCAGACUCUCCAGCGAGGGAGGCUGGCUCACCUGUUCCUCGGCAACCCUCACCUGCCCGAAAUCCUGAGCUUGCCCAAAUUCGUCAAGGAAGCCUCUCCGGUGAAUCUGCUGGCUGAUUUUGAACGGUCCACUUUGGAGAGGGUGGCCUCGCAGCUGCUGAGCGUCUGGAAGCAGGCGCCCAGGAUCAUCCGGGUGUACAGCGGACGCAGGUACCCAAAGCAGCAUCUCACCUGAGGCUCCUUCUUUUACCCCCUCGCCAAGUCUGGACUUUGCAUCCAAAAAAAUGAAGGUUUGAAUGGCCGUCUAUUCCCCAAGACAAAUUAGGACAGGUGCUAAGUUGGGGAGAACGUGGGGCGGGUGAGGACAUCUGAAGGAUCUUGUCUAGGAGCGUGAAGAGUGUCUACAUUGGACUUUUUGGUCUUAAGAGUUGGACACGUGAGUUCCGUUCUGAUCCUGUGUGGAACUCGGGUGCUGCUGGUUCAGAUUUGGGUUGCAUUUUUUACCAGCAACCGUCAGGGGUUUGCUCGAAGGAGGGGAAGGAUGGAGGAUGGAAGGAACAUCUUCUUGGGGUUCACCAAAGUUUCAAAGAGGGCAGAUGAUUGGUCCUCAUCGCACCUGACCUGUUUCUGACUUCUUCUGCUCAGGGUUUCUGCCUUCGUCCGCAAAAUUUUCAAGCUGCUCUUCGGUGGGUUUGAAGGGCCAUUCUUGAUAGCAGGGGUGAAAUGUAAAAUUUGUUACUACCGGUUCUGUGGGUGUGGCUUGGUGU